AACACAUUUGCGAAGAGGACUUCAACAAGAGGAAAACCCCAAGGAGGAAGGAAGGAUAGCAGAAUGGACAAUCUUGGACUCAUGUUGGGGAAGAAAGAAACCGUCUCCUUCUUGACCCUGAAUGUCACCAUCCUGAGGGCCAAAACCAAAUCUUACGACUACUUCUCUAAAGCUGACUGCUAUGUCACACUCUCACUCCCUACGGCUUCAACGAGGACCUGGCGCACGAAAACUAUUUGGAACAACAACAAACCUGAGUGGAAUGAAACCUUCACCUUCAGGGUCCCCAGACAAUUGAAAAAUGUCCUGGAGAUGAACCUGUUUGAUGAAGAUUCUUAUCAUGCUGAUGACCUGAUUUCCACGGUUAACUUUGACAUCACAAAGCUCACUGUGGGGAAGAAGGAGACCAAGGUGUUUCCUUUAAAGUCUGAGACAACGAGUGAACUUGAGGUUCAGUUUGAGCUCCUUUUGAGUAAGGACACGUGUGAUUAUGUCACCAACGGCAUCCUGAUGGCUGCCCCAUUCUCUGCCUUGCAUAUCAAAGUUGACAAGCCAAGAAGCUGUGAUGUGCUUGAUGGGAAAGUGCUGAAAAUAAAGGGUGCCUUCCCAGAAAAUCAGACAAUAGAUUCACAAGACCAGAGCCUGUGUUUCUAUAUCAACAGAGACCUGGAGACUGAACUUGAACUGACUGAUGUCGAUGUAGAACCUGUUGCUUCCAUUAAGCUGCCUCCACUACAGGCGCGAAAUACGGGAAAAGUCUCUGUAGUCGUUGACAAGGACACAGUGGAUUUUGCUCUAGCAACAGAUGAAGGCACAAAGAACCGUCUUUUUGCUCGUAUUGCCUACGACAUCCCGAAACAAGAGAAACAAUACCUGCAGAAGAGGAAGGCCGUAGUGGCGCAAGCUGUGAAGAAGAUUUUGGGCCUAAACACUCGACUCCAAUCCAAUGAGGUGCCAACUGUAGCAGUGGUGGCUUCAGGUGGAGGAACUAGAGCAAUGACGGGCCUGUUUGGUAGUCUGAGGGGCCUGAAGGAACUCGGCGUCCUGGAUGCUGCCACAUACAUCACUGGAGUGUCUGGAUCCACCUGGACUAUGUCUGCUUUGUAUCAGGAAGCUAACUGGUCACAGCAGGACAUCAACACCUUCAUCUCAGCAGUAAGGGAAAAUCUCAACAGGUCGAUUCCAAGCCUUUUCCAUUGGGAGGAAUUAUACUAUUACUAUUCAGAGCUGUCACAGAAAGCUGAUGACGGCUACUCUGUGUCGGCCGUUGAUUUGUUCGGCCUGGUUUGUGAGAAACUCAUUUUUGGGAAGAAACUGAACAGUACCCUGUCAGACCAGCAGAAGACAGUGAAUAGAGGUCAAAACCCUUUCCCUAUAUACACUGCUGUCAACAUAAAGGACGUUGUAGACUGUGAAACUGAAAAGGAGUGGUGCGAGUUCACCCCCUACGAGGUGGGCCUUCAAAAAUAUGGGGCUUUCAUCCCCAGUGAGGCCUUAGGAAGCCAGUUCCUCCUCGGCCAUAAGAUCAAGGAACACUCACAGCUCCGCCUGCCUUAUCUGAUUGGAAUAUGGAGCAGUUUCUUCUCUGCGAGCAUAUCCGAAAUUUUGGACACCGUUAUGCAAAAUCCAGACGAUUUGAAUGACUCCAUGGAAGAAGAUGAGAGCAACAGAGAUGACUCAACACCUGAAACCAGAAAUUUAUCGAGAGCAUCAACUUUCAGUUCACUUACUGAACUUGUCAAGGGUCGUCCAGUCAUCUCUGAGAUGCACAAUUUCACACAUGGUUUCUUCCUGCACUCAAACUAUGAUAAACACAGCUUCUUCAAGGCAUAUAAAGAGAACCACCCGGAUGCCUUCCCAAACAAGCUGACCCCCAGUGACCCCAUUCUGCGUUUGGCUGAUUGUGCUCUAGCCAUCAACAUCGGCUGUCCACCAAUCCUGCGGCCAGAGAGAGAUGUGGACGUCAUCAUAAGCCUGAACUACUCGUGGGAACCGCAGGACAUGCUCAAUGUAAACAAAAAGAUGACAAUGCCUUUCGGACCAGGUCUUGUUUACAAAAUCCCAAAUCCUUAA